AUGGCAGAUAUCGGGGACCAUCACUUCGUCAAGGCCUCAAAACAAGUCCUGGUCCCUCAGCCAUCCGCCGACAAACAUGACCCCUUGAAUUGGAGCCUCUGGUGGAAAGUUUCGGCCAUCGCUACGUCCAGUUUCGUCACGUUUAUGAUGGCUUUCGGACCAUUGGCUCUGGCUCCAAUGUUUCCCGCCUACCAGGAGCUGUACCACAGGGACUUGGAGGCGGUGGUGCAGUUUACUGGCGUCUGUAUCCUGGUUCUUGGGUUCAGCAACUUUAUAUGGGUCCCCAUAAGCACGUCGUUCGGUAGGAGAUGCGCAUACAUGCUCUCCAUUUCCAUUUGCCUUGCAUCCAUGAUCUGGCGGGCGCUCGCGACGUCCUAUGGCUCAUUUAUGGGUGCUUGCGUACUCAAUGGCAUUGGAGCCGGGCCGGCCGAAACAAUCCAACCUGCCGUCAUCACGGAUAUCUUCUUCCUUCACGAUCGGGGGACUUGGAAUACGUUCUAUUGGGUCAUGUACAUGGGUUCGCUGAUUGUGGCUCCAAUUGUUUCCGGUCCGAUGGCAGAGCACGUGGGCGUUGCCUCGUUCUGGUGGCUAAACACAGGUCUUUGUGUCCUUGCUCUAGUGAUGGUUGUCUUCUGUUUUCCAGAGACAAAAUGGGGUCCUCGAAGUGAGACAGGUGAGUUUGCAGCCGGAGAGGUCAAGAUCUCCCCCGACGAGAAAGUUGCCAAUGAUGAGAAACUGGGGGACCGGGUUUCCGCUGCUCAAGGGGACAGUCCAGUACGCGAGGCUGAACUUACUCGUGAGGAGACUGGAGCCAGAGACCCUUGGAUUGGCCGCGGAUCCCCAUCUCGGAGUCAAUAUUGGCUAUACCAGCCCAAUCCUCAUCCCUGGAAGUCUAUCAUCAACGACGUGUGGACGCCUUGGAAACUCUUCGCGUUCCCUAUCGUCGAGUACGCGGCGUUUGUGGUUUCAUGGUCCUGCGCGGUUUACCUGUCGAUCAAUCUCACCCAAAGCCAGGCGCUCGCCGCACCACCUUACGACUUUAGUCCGCAAGCCAUCGGAUUCACCAACUUCGCAAUUCUGAUCGGCGCGCUCAUCGGUCUGGUCACGGCGGGGCCUUUGAGCGACUGGGUCGCUGCGAAACUAACACAACGUAACUCGGGUAUCCGAGAGCCCGAAAUGCGACUGCCCGCGAUGAUCCCCUUUUUCCUGAUCAUGAUACUGGGGAACAUCGUUGUGGCGGUGGGCUAUCAGCACCACUGGCCCUGGCAAGCCAUCGUGGUUAUUGGAUUCACUUGCGCAGGCAUCCAGGUCGCAGCCUUGCCGUCCAUAUCCAGCACAUAUGCCGUGGACAGCUAUAAACCGGUCACUGGAAGUCUGUUCGUUGCGAUCACGGUGAACAAGAACGUUUGGGGUUAUGGAUUCUCGCGCUUCAUUACUCCUUGGAGCAUGGAAGUUGGCUUCAUCCCUCCGAUCAUGACCAACAUGGCCCUGACAGCGUUCUUCACCCUGUGCGGGGUCAUCUUCUUCUUCUAUGGUAAGACGUUCCGGAGGUGGAGCAAGAAUAGUAAGGUGCACAGAAUGUAA